CGUUAUAUCCUCUCAAGUAUUUUCGAAAACAUUAUCUUCUUCCCUUCAUCAUUGAGUAAUUAUACUAAUACAUAAUAGUCAUUUUACCAAAAUCCUACACUUCUGUUUUCUUAUCAGAUUUCUCUAAAAAAAAAAACUACUAAAAGAUUGUUGAAAUUUUGUUUAGAUGGUUACUAAAAGGGUUUUGAUUACUUGAUCAUUAUUCAUCAUUUUGGAGUAUUUGACUUUUUGUAAAAGAUGUUAGGAAACUUCAUUACCAGCGGUUUAGUGUAUGUAUUUAUUUUUCUCGUCUGUGUUACUUCUGCACUUUGCUGUUUAUUUUUUGUUCUUUGUGGAUUUAUUGAAUCUUUAUUGUGACAUACUUACUGUUGAUGAUUGAAUUAUGGUUUGCGGAUUUUGCAGAUUGGUUCUUGGAUAUGCAUACCCUGCUUUUGAGUGUUUUAAAACUAUUGAGAAGAACAGAGUGGAGAUUGAAGAACUUAGAUUCUGGUGCCAAUAUUGGAUUAUUGUCGCGGCACUGAGAAUCUUUGAAAGCUUUGGUGAUUUGUUCAUGUCAUGGUUACCAAUGUACAGUGAGGCUAAAUUGGCUCUUUUCAUCUACUUAUGGUAUCCAAAAACGAAGGGCACGGCAUACAUCUAUAAUGCCUUAUUGAAGCCAUAUGUUGCAACGUAUGAAAAAGAUAUUGACCGGAGUUUAUUGGAAUUUAGAGCCAAGGGAUGGGACUUGGCCAUUUCUUACUGGCAAAAUUGUGCAGAAUUGGGGCAAGCAAAGUUCUUGCAAAUGCUUGAUUUUAUAGCUUCUCAGUCUAAAAGAGGAACACAACCCAGUCCUGAGCAAAAAGAUGAUACCAACCAUUCAGGCGGAGCGCCACCAAACACGCCAUCCGGAUUAUUCAAGAGGAAUAAUAAGCAGCUGACUGACAGGAGGCCACCACCUGGUUCAUCUUCACCACCACCACCACCACGGCCUUCUUCCUCCGUCCACCACUCCACAUUGCAUACUAUUAAGUCAGAACCAGUGCACCACGAGGAUGCUUCAUUUCAAGACAAUGAUAGUUUUAAAGACCAUGGUCUUCAUGCUGCCAGGGCAAAACUAAGACGUAAACGGAGCAUUUAAGCCAAAUAGUCACACAAUAAAGGAAAGAUUUUUUUUGUAAAAAGUUAUAAUGCGAUCAGAACAAUUUUGCUACAUUUUUCCUGCUCCAUUUGUUUGACUUUCAAGUUUUGAAAUGAAAUUCUUUUUA